AUGGAGAAGCAGAGUGCACAUAGGACUGAAGGAUUUGGAGGUUCUGGUUACCAGUGUCGUGGGGUGGCCCCAGAAGUCUCCGAGGUCGAUGAGAUCAAGGAGGAGUGGCUGGCCCUGGUGAUUGAGGGCAUCACUGGGGGGCUUCUGCUGCUGCUGCUCUUGGUCGGGGUGAGCUGCUUCCUGUGGAGGAGGCUCUGUGCCACCAUCAUCACCUAUGAGGAGCUGCCAGAGUCACCAGCCACAGGCACUAGAGGACCAGGGGACAGACUCUGCCAGCCAUGCCCUGGGACCCAGCUAGGCAGGCCACCAGCUAUGCCAUUUGUGGUGCCCCCUUCCCUCCAAGCCCGAGACUGGGUGUCCCUGCACGGCAGAACAGGUGCUCAGGCCCCUCAGGACCCCUGUCCAACUCCAGAGCUCCUGUGCCAUGCCUCAGGGGGCAGCUGUGAGGAUGCCUGUAUGGUGGGGACUAUUAACCCUGAGCUGUACCACCUUCCAGAGGACACAAGUGAGACCCAUUUCCCUGCUGGCUGCCUGGGCCGGCUCUGGUUCUCUCUGGAGUAUCAGCCUGAGGCUAAGCGGCUGCUGGUGGGCCUGAUCAAGGCACAGAAGCUGUGAGCCCCCUCAGAAAUCUGCAGCCCCCUCAUGAGGCUCCAUCUGCUGCCUGAUGAACAACACUUCCUCCAGUCCAGGAUCAAAUGAAAAAUCUCCGAUCCGAAGUUUCAUGAGCACUUCAUCUUCCAGAUACUGCUCUAGAGCAAGAGUAUCACCCAGAGAGUCCUGCGGUUCUCAAUGUACCACGUGGACAGGCAGAGGAGGCACCAGCUGCUGGGCCAGGUGCUGUUCCCUUUGAGGAGCGAGACUCUGGCAGGUAACAGCCACCACAUCAUCUGGAGAGACCUGGAGCCUGAGAGCCUAGAGCCCCCCUCAGAGUUUGGUGACCUGCAGUUCUGCCUCUGCUACAACAACUCCCUGAGCUGCCUGACAGUUGUGGUGUUGCAUGCCAGAGGUCUCCAGCUCCAGGAGGACCGGGGCGUGGCGAGUGUGUUUGUCAAAGUGUCACUGAUGAACCACAACAAGUUUGUCAAGUACAAGAAGACAUCGGCUGUGCUGGGCUCCGCCAAUCCAGUCUACAGUGAGACCUUCUGCUUCAAGGUCAAUGCCACCAAGCUGGACACCACCAGUAUCAGCCUAAUGGUGCUGCAGAAUGCCAAGGGUGACAAGAUCCUCCCGCUGGGCCAUGUGGUGGUGGGGCCCUACAUGUUCUCCCGUGGCAGAGAGCUGCAGCACUGGGAUGUGAUGCUGGCCACACCCAAGGAGCUGGUGAGGUGCUGGCAUGCACUCUGCUACCCUGUGAAGCCCUGA